AUGGGACUCAGUUCAGUGGUAUCCAGAUGUUAUCGACAGCUUCCGAGAUGUCACCCGAUUGGUCGCAGGCUUUUUGCUACAUCUGCGACACUUCCACCGCGUAAUUAUGCACAGAUAAUACCUCCAUAUGAAACAUUAGUAUCGAAUCUAUCUGCCAUCUCCAAAACUAUACUUGGUUCCAGGCCACUUACUCAAACUGAGAAGAUAUUAUAUGCUCAUAUAUGGGACCCAAAUGAAUUAGAUUCAAUAGUUCGUGGGGAGACAUACUUAAAGUUGAGACCUGAUCGAGUAGCAAUGCAGGAUGCUUCAGCUCAGAUGGCAAUUCUCCAGUUUAUGUUAUCUGGAAUGCCCACGACUGCUGUUCCCACUUCCGUUCAUUGUGAUCACUUGAUAGAAGCGUACGAAGGUGCGAAUCGUGAUGUCAAGGCGGCUGAAGUAACAAAUAAAGAAAUAUAUGAUUUCUUGCAAAGUGCCGCUGAGAAGUAUGGAAUGUCAUUCUGGCGACCAGGCAGUGGGAUUAUUCAUCAAAUUGUAUUAGAAAACUAUGCAGCCCCAGGAGGAUUGAUGUUGGGAACAGACAGUCACACUCCGAAUGCUGGGGGUUUGGGUACGAUUGCAAUCGGCGUUGGUGGUGCUGAUGCUGUCGAUGCUAUGGCUGCUAUACCAUGGGAACUCAAGGCACCAAAGAUUAUCGGAGUGAAGUUAACUGGAAGACUGAAUGAAUGGACCAGCCCGAAAGAUGUUAUCCUGCAUCUUGUUGGUAAACUAACCGUUCGUGGUGGAACUGGCCAUAUUAUUGAGUAUUUUGGACCAGGAGUAGAAACUCUUUCGUGUACCGGAAUGGCUACUAUUUGUAAUAUGGGAGCAGAGGUAGGUGCCACCACGUCUCUCUUCCCAUAUACUGAAAGCAUGCACAGAUAUUUAUCUGUCACUCGACGGGAACCUGUUGCCAAAGCUGCUGCUUCCAACCGAUACUAUCUUUCAGCAGAUUUACACGCAGAAUAUGACCAAAUAGUAGAGAUUAAUUUAUCCGAGCUUGAACCCCAUAUCAAUGGCCCAUUCACACCAGAUUUAUCGACUCCGCUAAGCAAAUUUGCAAGCCUGGUCAAGGAGAAGGGAUGGAAAGACGAGAUUAAAGUCGGCUUGAUUGGCAGCUGUACCAACAGUAGUUAUGAAGAUAUGGAUAGAGUCACAAGCAUUGCUAAACAGGCGUUGAAAAAAGGGAUUAAGCCAAAAGCUGGCUUUUUUAUCACACCGGGAAGCGAGCAAAUAAGGGCGACUAUCGAGAGAGAUGGACAAAUAGCUGUACUUGAGCAAGUCGAUGGGAAGGUGCUUGCUAAUGCCUGUGGACCAUGUAUUGGACAGUGGAAACGGUCGGAUAUUUCAACGGAUGAGGAAAAUGCAAUCUUAACUUCAUUUAAUCGUAAUUUCCGAAGUCGCAAUGACGGGAAUGCGAAGACGAUGAACUUUUUAGCUUCACCUGAGCUAGUAACAGCGAUGACGUUUUCUGGAAAAUUAACAUUUAACCCGAUGAUGGACACGCUAGUGGAUAAAGAUGGGAACCCAUUCAAAUUUAGUAGUCCAUAUGGAGAUGAAUUACCUGAUGCUGGAUUUGAUACUGGCAAUCCCAAUCAUCAUGCUCCACCAGUAUCAUAUCCAAACUCUAAAACUGAAAUCAAGAUUCCUCCGACAUCAUCUCGCCUUCAACUCCUCACGCCAUUUCCACCAUUCCCCGGCCACGAAUUUAAAUCGCUUAGAGUUCUAAUUAAAGUGCGCGGGAAAUGCACCACUGACCAUAUAUCAGCCGCCGGCCCGUGGUUAAAAUAUAAAGGUCAUUUGGAAAACAUAUCUAAUAAUACGCUUAUUGGAGCUGUUAAUGAUGACAACGGAAAAGUAAACGUUGUCAAGAAUGUAUUGACUGGUGAGGUGAGCAUCAUACCACCCGUUGUUCCUCAGUUGGGAACCGAGACACUUGAAUUCUGGGCUGAGUAUUUAGGACCGGAUGGAAGUAUCCCUGAUGUUGCACGACAUUAUAAAGAAAAUGACGUUGCUUGGAUUGUAAUUGCCGACCACAACUACGGCGAAGGCUCCGCGCGAGAACAUGCAGCGUUGCAAGUUCGCUAUCUCGGUUGUCCUUUAAUCAUUGCACGCUCGUUUGCACGCAUUCACGAGACUAAUCUCAAAAAACAAGGUGUCCUUCCUCUAGUAUUCGCUAACGAAGACGAUUAUACCCUCUUCAAUGGGGGUGAUUUAGUGGAUACUGUAGACGUAGUUGGAAUUGAGCCUGGUAAGGAUGUUAUUGUGAAGCUUACCAAGGCAGACGGAAGUGUUAAAGAAAUCAAGACAAAUCAUACCAUGUCAAAGGAUCAGAUUGAAUGGUUUAUGAGUGGAAGUGCAUUGAACCGAAUAGCUGCUCGUACAGAGAGUAAACAAUAG